UUUGGAUGCGUUUUUCAUAACAGCUUGCCAGUUCAUGAGAACUCUGUGACUGCAGCCAUGCUCUUCUUUUCAACCCCACCUCCUCUCUGCCUGAUCCUCCUUCUGUCAUACAUCUCCCCUGUUCUCUCCUGUCAAACUGGGAACAACAGCGAGUGCGAGUCUGCUCCCUUUGUACCAGGUCACAACCUGGUGGGGGAGGGAUUCGACUUGGUCACCUUGAGACGAAAAGGAGCCUAUGUGGUUGAUGUGAGGACCUACAUGACUCCAGAUGGCCACUGUACUCUCUGUACCAACCCCCUUCAAGGCAACAGGCUGCAGAAAGUGCCAGUCUCUGUAGUGGACUGGCGUGCAUUCAGCCAGUGCAGCACUCCGGUUGACAGCAGUGUACACGACAAUGUUGGCUCAGUGAUGAAGGCUAUGCUUGAUCACGAUGGCCUAAAUUUGAAUAUAGUUCUGGGUGAUCGCUUGUUUGUGGGCGGAACACGUUCCGAAGCAUUUAAAUUUGCUGUAGCCAGGGCUGAAGAGGAUCGGUACACCUUCAGUGUACAUGGCAUCACCUGCAAAUAUUAUAGUUUCCGUGUAGCAAGCAGACCACCUUUAAGCCCAGAGUUCAAGAGGGAUGUGGACAAUCUGCCAAGUCACUACAAUUCCUACACCAGCGAUCAGUAUGACAGACUGAUAAAAACCUAUGGCACGCACUACAUCCACAAGGUUUUCCUUGGGGGCCAACUAAGGAGAAUCACAGCUGCACGAACCUGUUUGUCCACCCUGAACAAGCUCAACUCACAUGAGGUUCACGCCUGUUUAUCGAAGGGAUUUUCGGUCGGCUUGGGGAAGGAAAAAUUAUAUAGUGUUGAACAGUCUUGUAUGAAGGUCCUACAAAACCAGGAUUACACUACUAGGUAUGGUGCUGAAACUGGCUGA